ACAUUUUUCGAUUAUCUACAGAAACUCAACACUCUAUCAGUCAAAUUUUUUCACCUUUUACAUUUUGUUAGCAAAAAUACAAUUUCGCUAAAAAUUUUGUACGAUUCUCCUGUUGGAAAGUGGGAAGUUUAUAAUAUUAUUAUGUCUCGACAAGCUUCACGUUUCGACGCUAAAAAAGUGAAUGCCGAGUUCUUAACGCUCACCUAUGGUGCGCUAGUAACGCAAAUGUUGCGUGAUUUCGAGAAUGUUGAAGAUGUAAAUAAACAGUUAGAACGUAUAGGCUAUAAUAUGGGUAUGCGGUUAAUAGAAGAUUUCUUAGCAAGAACCUCAGCUCCCCGCUGUUUAGAAAUGCGUGAAACAGCUGAUCGCCUACAGCAGGCAUUCCGCAUCUACUUAAAUGUGCAACCUACCAUUUCUAACUGGUCUGCUUCUUCGGAUGAAUUUUCCUUAGUUUUCGAAACCAAUCCACUGACAGAAUUUGUCGAAUUGCCUCAGGAUUUAACCAAUUUACGCUAUAGUUCCAUACUUAGUGGUUGCAUACGCGGUGCGCUGGAGAUGGUGCAAUUGGACGUGCAGUGCUGGUUUGUACAGGAUCAAUUGAAAGGUGACAAUGUGACUGAGCUUCGAAUUAAAUUCGUACGCCGCCUGGAAGACGCUAUACCUGCUGGCGAGGAUUAGAGGCCACCGUACAUCGAAGAUUGAGUAUUUUUGUAUUAAGUUAUUGAUUAAAAGUUAAUAGCAUUCCGGCCGCAUUCGUAUCUCUCCACAAAAUAUUACGCAGUCUAAAUAACAAAUUUAAAUAAAUCUUAGACUGUUCACAAACUUAAUAAAUAUAAAAAAAAAUUGGGCAAAUCGAUUUCAUAGCUGCCAAACUAAAAGAAAUUAUAUAAAACAUUUUAUUAUGAUGUAAUCAUAACACCAUAGAUUAAAAACUAGUUUGGACCCCGCAUUUUUUUUUUAAUUAGCAAAAUUCCAAAUUGUGGUUUUGCUGAAAUCUGUUGUUGUUGUUGUAGCAGCUUUCUAAAUAUCUCUUAGUCGGUGAUGAUGGUUAAUGCUAUACAAUUACAUCUGAUAAUUUCUCUUUUGUUGCAAUAAGAACAUUUCUAUCAAGCCUCAAACGCCAAAAAGGUUUAGCGAGACUAUGUGCGAAUUUAUAUGUUUGAUAGAAAUCGAUAACGCACAAGCGGUAAAUAUUUCAAAGCCCUAUGAAACAAGGAUUGAAAUUGCUCCGUUACUUCCUAGUUUUCAUUGCCGCUCUCGCUACUAGUCUGAAUUUGAACAGCUGGAGCAGGUAGCGUUAAACGCGGGAUCAACUGUUUUGCUCCGUUCUAAGCCGAGUGAAUAGUCAAAACAAUUUUCAGUGUUCUCUGUAGUUGGAGUAUUAACAAAAAACUUGAAAUCGACCGGAGCGCUACUUGUGAAAUUGUUCGUGUGUUCUGUAGCUACCACUAGUACUCUCACUCCUGUUGCGCUACUUCUUUCCGAUAGCUUCUAUUUGAAUUCGUUUCUUUUUGUUAGUUGCAUGUUGUGUUCGUUUCUGCGGGGAUGUGUAAAUAUAUGUAUAUGUACAUAUGUAUGUAUACACGCAAACUAACAAAGGAAUGUUGCUACUUCAGAGUUUUAUUUCAAUAUUGAAUUUUUUUUAUUAUUACUCUGAGCUACUAGCAGUAACGAAUCGUAGCUUAGAGCGAAGCAAAGCAGUUGAAGCCGUUUUUGACGUUACCUACUCAUAUGCUCAAGUGCCGAGCAGUAGCGAGAGCAGAGCAAUGUUUUAGUUGACAUUUUGCUUUUACUGCUACGAAGUAGUUAAUGCAUUAAUAAAAAAUUACUUUUAGUCGCUUACGCCGUUUUGGUGGUUAGGGCUCGAUAUGUUUUUUUAAAUGACGGCGCGUUUGUCCAAACAUACUGCUUGAUUUCGAUAACACAAAAAUUUGUAAUAGGUGUUCCUCAUUUUUGCAAGUAGCUGUUCGUUAACAGCAAAAAAUUAUCAAUCACUUAAAAAUUGAGAGAGCAAAGUGACAGUUCGAUGCAAUUCACUAUCAUUUUGUGCUGAAGAAGUUUUAGCCAGCACUGAGACAUAUAAUCUGAAAACAUAUGAUUAAACUUUUUGUAAAUAAAUAAAUAUAUUUUUUGAGCA